GCAAUGCGAUCGAAAAAUCACUCAAUUCUCUGGCUUUCGCCAUACAUGCAACUCACGGGCGCUCAUGAACUAAUCCUUUCUCGCUUUCGCUUUUAUAUCGUUCCCUUUUACGCGCGUGUAGCUCGCUGCCAAUCGUGAUUUGAGUGGAGUGUACUCUCUCGGUUAGGGCCGGUACCGAACACACUUGCGUGUAUAUUCGGUCCUAUGAGCGUCUAUCAAACUGUGUUCCCUUUCAUGUGCAUGUCGUGUUGUCCUUUUCUAUCAUGUGGAUGUUGUCUGAUUCGAUCGCGUUUGGCGCCUAGAAAUUGUAAUCGAAGCUUCUAACGCGAUUUGAUCAUCAUAGAGUGCACAAUCCGUUCUUACUGAUCCCGUGAAAUUUUCAACCAAUUUGUGCGAAAAUUAAGCAAGUGCUGUGAUAAUGGCAACACGUCGUGAUAAGCGAAGUGGUAUGGUGUACCAUGCACGUGAUCGUUUGCUGAAGCGGCGCUUGCAGGAAUGGGAGGAGGAAUGUGCACGUGCUAGCCUUCCGCAAUCCACAACAAUGGAUAGUCACGUGUCUGUUGAUGCUUUGCCAUUGGUAAGCGACGAAGGCUUCGAACAUAUGGAAGUGUCCGAAAAUCUUCCAUCGUCGAUGAGCGAUAGUGAGGAGGAAGGUGCGAUGGGCUACAGCAGCGGUGCUGAUACCGAUACGGACGGUGGUUUGCCGCACGAGGUGCCGCUGCAAGAUCGUCCGUUCGGCGAAGCGUCGUUUGAGGAUGGCUUGAGACUGUGGGCACUACAGACCGGCCAAACUCAUAGAGCUUUGGCCCUUUACUUGCCCACAUUAGGCAGCACCAACCGCACUACAAAUUGCCACGCGAUCCCCGGACGCUGAUGCACACACCGGUGUCGAAAUCGACGGAAGCGGCGGUAACGUCCAUCGGCGGAGGAAGUCUGUGGUACAGAGGUGUGGGUACAUGUUUGCAGCAAUA